AUUGAGUUGAUAUGUAUUUGCAUGAACGGCUUAUGUGCUUUCGUAUGAGCGCUGACGACCCACCGCAUCCUUCCUUCCUCUCUCGUUCUGCAUUAUGUAAACCGUCAUCACCACCGCACGCGCGCUCCAAGCGCAAGGGCUAUUCAGCCGCCGCACACAAACAGUCACGGACCGACGGGUUUAAAGAACUGAGGAUUUAAAUUAAAUACCGAGUGUGAGAGACGUUGAGCCUUGGGUGAGGGAGGGAAAGAGACUGAUUUGUAUCUUCCCCAGAUCGGGAGGGGGAGGAGGCACGGAGAAUGAGCUAUUAUUGUACCAGCACAGAGGCUGUGUGUAAUAGCCAGGACGCACCUAACGCCAGUGCGAGGAAAGCAGCUACUAAUAAUACGAACCGUGGCAGCGAAGGUCUCGAGAGCAGCAGCACCACUAGUUCACGGCAGUCGCAACCCCAACCGCUCGUGGCCAUGAAAGUGAAGAAAGGCUGCAACUCGACAGAUGCUGGGGUCCCGGUUACAAGUGAAGACGAGUUGCUAAGAAACCCAGUAAUAUCGCCUGAGGAUGUACUUGGGUUACAGAAGAUCACCGAAAACUACCUAUGUUCCCCAGAGGAGAACGUUCACAUGAUCGACUUCACACGGUUCAAGAUCCGAGACAUGGAGACAGGGACGGUGCUGUUUGAGAUCACCAAACCCCCUGUACCAGCGGGCGAAAAGAAGGAUUUUGACCCCAACGGAGGCCGCUUCGUCCGUUACCAGUUCACCCCUGCCUUCCUGCAGCUGCGCCAGGUCGGCGCCACUGUGGAGUUCACAGUGGGAGACAUGCCCAUCAACAACUUCAGGAUGAUUGAGAGGCACUACUUCAGAGAGCAGCUCCUCAAGAGCUUUGAUUUUGAGUUUGGUUUCUGUAUGCCCAGCAGCAAGAACACCUGUGAACACAUCUACGAGUUCCCCCCUCUAUCAGAGGACAUCAUGCGUGAGAUGAUCCUGAACCCAUACAAAACGCAGUCCGACAGCUUCUACUUUGUGGACAACAAGCUGGUGAUGCACAACAAGGCAGACUACUCCUACAGUGGGAGUCCGUAGGAGCACAGGACUUCCCUAGACACCUAGACCCACUCCAACUCCAACUCAAACCCACCCCCCCAUGGGACCAUGGACAGACAGACAGACAGACAGACAGACAGACAGACAGACAGACAGACAGACAGACAGACAGACAGACAGACAGACAGACAGACAGACAGACAGACAGACAGACAGACAGACAGACAGACAGGCAGACAGACAGACAGACAGAUGACGAACGGAGAGACGUAUGGACGGACUGACAGGUCACAAGCAACAGGACUGAUGGACAGCUUUUUUUCUCCAAUCAGAAUUCCACCAUUGCUUGUUAUCCCCUAAAUUGCAAUCCCCUACUCCAAUCUCUUGCAAUGACCUCUCAACUUUCUGUGUCUGAUAGAGAGUGUUAUAGAUGUGUACACAGUCUAGCAUACAUAAACACACACAGACCUUCGCUAUGGGACACAUCUGAUGUGGCCUGAUCUAGACAAAAUAAAUGCACAACCAGUACAGUAUAUAAGGGCCAGUAACAAUGAGUGAGAUUGAAUGUCUAGUCAGUGUGUUCUCAGUCAGUCAGCUAAAG